GACGACAUUCACCUCAGUUCCACACACACAAACCCACCAUGUCAGAAAAAGGAGCAGGAGCGGGCCAUGAAAGCGCCCCAGUCGAAGUCUCCUGGCUAAAGCGCGACGUCCUUCUCUUCGCCGCCAGCAUCGGCGCAACCUCCGACGAACUCCACUACCUCUACGAACUCCACCCCAACUUCUCCGUCUUCCCCACCUACCCCAUCAUCCUCCCCUUCAAACACACAACCCAAGAAGUCAUCGACUUCUACGCAGCCCAACACUCCUCUCGCCCGCAAAUCCCCGGCGUCCCUGCCCUCGACUCCAAACGCGUCCUCGAUGGGGAACGGAAGAUAAUUUUCCAUAAACAACUCCCAACCUCUUCUGAAGGAAGGAAAUUCGAGGCUAGGAAUAAAGUUGUGGGCGUUUAUGAUAAAGGGAAACCCGGGACGGUGUUGGAGACGCAGGUUGAUAUUGUGGAUCAGGAGAGCGGGGAGGUGUAUACGACGAUUAUCGGGAGUGCGUUCUUUAUCGGGCAGGGGGGUUGGGGAGGUCCCAAAGGGCCGAAAACUGAGACGUUUCCUCCACCUCAGGGCAAAGCUCCGGAUGUGGUGAAUGAAUUUGCUACGAAUGAGGAGACUGCGAUCCUAUACCGACUCAAUGGGGAUUAUAACCCUUUGCAUAUCGAUCCCAAGCCUGGGAAGGCUAUGGGGUUUGGUGGGGUGAUUAUUCAUGGAUUGUUUUCUUGGAAUUCCACGGCGCAUGCGUUGGUUAAGUUGCUUGGUGGGGGUGAUCCCGGGAGUAUUAAGGAGUAUGCGGCGAGGUUUGCGUCGCCGGUUAAGCCGGGGGAUGUGCUUUUGACGGAGGCGUGGAGGAUGGGGACCAGGGAUGGGGAGGGGUGGGAGGAUGUUAGGUUUACGGUUAAGGUGAAGCAGACGGGGAAGGUUUGCUUGAGCAAUGGGCGGGCGAAGAUGAAGAUUAAGAGUGGUAGCGCCAAGCUCUGAAUUGGGGGAUGGAGGUCUUGUGGAUAGAUGGUUGGAUCUUGCUUUUAUUUGAAAGUAUAUACUCUGAAGUGGAUCAAGUCCAUUGCGACUCCUGGG